AUGUAUUCAUCAGUUCAUCAACAAAGAAGUAUGCUACAACCAUUAUCCAGUGCAUCAAACAUGGCGCAGUUGAUGCAUCAAAACCAACAAAAACAACUGCCAAUAAACGGUGCCAACAAGCAACAAAGAAGGUAUUUCAGCUAUUAUUACUACCAAUUUCCCAAAAUCCCCAGGCCAAAGAGAAAUAUGCUCUACUAUUCUACUUGGACCCGAAGCAAGUCUACAUCGACAUCUGGAGGUUUGUCUCAAUCAACAAAUGGCACUAGACAUACAUUGCCACAUUUCCAUAUUUUCCAUAUCCCUAGGUUGUCCAAAAGAUCAUUUUCCCAGGCUAAUCAAAAAUUGAAACUGGGGUCGAAGAAAUUACACACUAGGUUUUUCUCAACGGAGGCUAGAUCAAGAAGGCAACAAAGAAGAAAGUUUAUUAAAUGGUGGACAAUCACAUCGUUGACUAUAGUAUUGGGUGGGGUUGCGGCAAAGAUGAAGUACGAUAGAGAUGAGAUCAAUGAGAAUCCAUACAAGAUUAGACCACAGUCCUGGCAAUUGUAUGCGUACUCAACCUUACCUUUGAAGACAAUUUCAAGAUUAUGGGGAUAUGUUAACUCUAUAGAUCUUCCUGUGUUUAUCAGAUCACCCCUGUACAGAUUGUAUUCGGCCAUAUUUGGAGUCAAUCUUGACGAAAUGGAGAACCCAGAUUUAAAAAGCUAUAGUAACUUGUCAGAAUUUUUCUAUAGGACUUUGAAACCGGGCGUGCGUCCAAUCAGCGAGGAUGAUAUUGUGAGUCCUGCUGAUGGUAAGGUUUUGAAAUUUGGUAUCAUUGAUAAUGGUGAGAUUGAGCAAGUUAAAGGAAUGACAUAUUCCAUAGACGCGUUGUUGGGUAUGGGUGAAUCGUCAACAAGAAAUUUGGCUGCACCCACUCACUCGCCAAAUUUUGAAUUUGACGAAAGUAGUGGCGAUGACGAGACUGCAAGGGUCAAAAGAGACGAGGAAUUUGCCAAAUUGAAUGGUAUUUCGUAUACUGUUGAUGAUAUUCUUGGUGGUGAAAGUGCCGGUGAGAAUGGACAACAGCCUACGCAUCACAUGCAUAAAUUGACUUACAAGAAUGAUCACGAUGGUACUGCAAAGGGUUCGUCUGCGUCAUGGUCUAAACAGUUGAAAGUGGCUGAGGAAUUAGCGCCUAAUCCAAAGGAAAGUUUCCGUCACAAACAAUUAUAUUUUGCGGUUAUAUAUCUUGCUCCCGGAGACUAUCAUCAUUUCCACUCUCCAACCAAUUGGGUCACAACAUUAAGACGUCAUUUCAUUGGUGAAUUAUUUUCCGUGGCACCUUUUUUCCAAAAGACGUUGCAGGGCUUGUUUGUACUCAAUGAGAGAGUAGCAUUGUUGGGCUACUGGAAGUACGGGUUUUUCUCUAUGAUACCUGUAGGAGCCACCAAUGUCGGGAGUAUUAUUGUCAAUUUCGACAAGGACUUGAAGACCAAUUCUUAUUAUGAGCACGAUAUUUACAGCAAUGGAAGUAGCAGUGCUAGUAGUCUUUCUUCAAAGUCUACCACGCCUAAUACUACUAAUACUUCAUCAUCAUCAUCAUCAUCAGCAUUAUCCUCAACAUCAUCAACCGAGGAUUCUAUAGUAACAACAGAAAAGACGCCAUUGCUUCAGAGGGAAUAUUCAGCCUCCGAUAUUGCAGUAGUGGAAGAAAAGAAGCGUAAAAAGAGGUUGAGAAAAAACACAGUUUACGAAGCAACCUACACCAAUGCGAGUAGAAUUCUUGGUGGAUACCCCUUGACCAAGGGACAAGAUAUCGGUGGUUUCAAGUUGGGCUCUACAGUUGUAUUAGUCUUUGAAGCGCCUGACAACUAUGAGUUUGAUAUCGAGGUGGGUGAGAAGGUGAAAGUUGGUCAAUCUUUAGGUAAGUUUGUUUAA